AUGGUUGCUUUUUCAAAGUCCUGGUCUUCUCUGGGCCUCGCUCUCUGCGUGGUCCACGCGUCGGCAGCAGCCAUUCUCCCCCGAGCUAGCAAUUCUUCUGCUAGAUCGGUGGUGAAGAAAUGCGAAGGAUACGAAUACCCUCGCGUACUCUGCCUCGAUCGCUUUGGCAGUGUCUUGAACUCCGACUUUCGUCGACCAGCCAGCAAUGAGCUUGCCAACCCGGACAAACUGACGGACACCGUCGUCCCGAGCGAUCCGCACUGGGCUGAUAUUAAAAAAGCCGACUUCGUCAUUUUCGAUGAGAAACUGGCGACUGAGUUCCUCGGCACCGAUGAUCAGCUUGAGUUUCUGUUUGAGAUCACUGCGGGUGGCCAUGAAGCUCCUGUAUAUGCCCCCAACACCAACGAGUUCUACUUCUCUGACCUCGCGACGGGAGUCGACGGUCUGUCUCAACAGGUUAUUGAUCUGUCCACCGAGCCCCCGACCUUGGGCCGGGUCACCGCGGAUCCCCCUAUCUAUGCCCCGGCCGGUGCUCGUUACCGCAAAGGUCUGAUCUACUACUCGACCGCGGGAGGAAACACCUCGCUGGAUGGACUGACCUACCGGCCGGGCGUUGUCAGCUUUGACCCUGUUACGAAGAAGUCCGAAGUGCUCGUCAACAAUUACUACGGAUACUACUUCAACACGGCCGAUGACCUUGACAUCGACGAGAAAGGUGGUAUCUGGAUCACCGACCUCCAGUAUGGCCGGAAUGUCGGCCUCAACACCGAGUGGCAGCAGCUCGAAGCUGCCACUUACCGCUUCGAUCAGGAGACCGGUAGCGUUUCUCUCGUCGAGGACUCCCUCGGUGCCCCGAACGGGGUCUCCUUUUCUCCGGACUUCAAGACUCUCUACCUUACCGACAGCAAUGCGGACUGGGCUAACACCGAUCCCACCAUCCCGAAUGAUGAAGCGACAUUGGCGUACAACACCACCGGAAAACGGACGAUCUACGCAUACGACGUGGACGAAACCCAGACCGUCAUUUCGAACAAGAGGGCCAUUUAUCUGGCUGUGGACUUCGUGCCGGAUGGCUUGAAGGUCGCCGAGAAUGGGUAUCUUGUGACCUCGACGGGUCACGGAGUUGACGUCCUGACUCCUAAGGGGGUUCCCAUUCUUCGGAUCCAGACUAACUAUACCACCGCGUCGAUCGACUUUGGCGGACCGGACUAUGACCAGCUGUUCAUUGUGGGACACGGAGGGGUAUCGCGAGUCAAAUGGGGUCUGAAAGGCCAGGCAUUCAAGUAG